AUGUUUAGAGGAACCUCGAGAAUAAAUUUCCCGAUAGUCAAGCUAAAAGGCGAGUUUCAUGAGAUCGAUCAAGUUUUGAUUGAUCAGAACAAUGCAUCAGGGAUGAUGUUAAAAUCAACAACCGAUAAGUCAAAGGUUUCCGCGAACGAGACAAGGUGGGUGGCUGAUUUUUCCCCUGUUUUGGUAUUCGCAAACAGGAUAAACCAUUACCAGCAUUCGUUUUUCGCUGAAUCCGGACAGAUUCCUGCAAAUGCAGUGACCAAUGUUUCGAACAAUGUGGUAGUGGUAGAAACUGAUAGAGCUGUAACUGGAACCGUGUCAGUAAUUGUUUAUCAGUAA